GUAAAUUCCAUCGGAACUGGAAUUCCUCUCUGCUUAUCGAGGCGAGUUCUGCGCUGCUUCCUGGUUCCUCCAACAGGGAAGCGCGGUUCCUGUGUUUAUUGUAAGCAUUCGUUAAACUUCUCAAAAUCAACAACAAGAGGCAGUGAGGAGAUAAUCAAGAUUGUUAACACACCUGGUUGGGUGUAACCAUGGCUACUGGGGGUGAAGAUGACCCCUUGCAGAACGGCAGCCAGAAUGAAAACUCCGAGGAGUUACCCCCGAGUACUGAGGCGCAUGUAGUGCAGGAGACAGAGGAAGUCUUCUGCAGUUAUGUGUUCUUCCGAUACAACCAAGAGAUGGAGGAGGAGGGGGAGAAGCCACCCGUGGACCCAGAGAUCACGGCACUCCAACCUGACAAGAAUAAUCAGUUGUGUCGUGUUGGCCAGCAGUUGGCUAUUAUCGGAGAUGACAUCAACAGACGAUACGACCUCAAGUUCAAGAGGAUGCUGUCGCAGCUCGCCCUGACACCAGAGAAUGCGUACAACUAUUUCUGCAAGGUCGCCAAGAGCCUGUUCGACUCCGGGAUUAACUGGGGCCGCGUGAUCGCGCUGCUGAGCUUCGGGUACCGCUUGGCGCUGCACGUCUUCCAGCAGGGCAUAACCGGCUUCCUGACACGCAUAGCGCGCUUCAUCUGCGACUUCCUCCUGCGGAACCGCAUCGCACAGUGGAUCGCACAGCAGGGAGGCUGGGUGGCUGCCCUGGAGUUGGACAAUGUCUACCUGAAGUACAUGAUUCUGCUGCUGGGAGUCGUGCUUCUGGGCCAGUUCGUUGUCAAAAGGUUCUUCAGCUCCUGAUGGGGGUUCACGAAUCAGUGGCACCCCCUCAACUUUGACCUCUCAUCCUCGAGCUCAGGGACGGCAGGUGGGGGGUGGCGGGCAGGGACGGAGAGACAGAUGGAACUGAAGGAUAAGGUCCCAGUCACAAACAUGAAGGAAGACUGUGCAAAGCAUUUUAGAAUUGUUUUUGGUGAAAGGAAAAUUCAGAAAAAUGUGUUGUAUUUGUCAUUAGUACAUCUGAAGAAUGAUGUCUGUACCCCCCGCCUUCCCAUUGCAGGUGCUGCACUCACCCCAAUCGCUCCAAAUGCAUCUGCUUCCAGUUUUUCAGGGAUCAGUAUGUUUUGUUUGUUGAUUACUUAGGUGGUUUUUGUGGGGGGGGGGG